CGGGAACUCCUCCCCUUGCAGCUACUUCCUGUCAGAGGAAUUGCAAAACAUCAACAGCUGAAUGUAUGAACGUACUAUUUCAUAGCUAGUAAGUGGGCAUCAAAAGCGAGGAAUCACGGCUAUCCUGCGUUGGUUGGGCUGGUUCAGGAUGGCGGCUCAGACACAUAGGGUGAUGGCAUUGACGGAGUGGGAGGACCGUUGGCAGACAGGCAGGACUGGCUUCCACCAGCCCCAAGUUCACAGGCUGCUUGAGACCCACCUUGACAAGGUGCUGUGUGGGCGGAAUGAAGUCCGGUUCUUUUUUCCUCUCUGUGGGAAAGCUGUUGACAUGAAAUGGCUAGCAGACCAGGGCCAUUCCGUGGUGGGGGUGGAGAUAUCCGAAAAGGCCAUUAAGCAGUUCUUUGAAGAGCACAAGUUGACCUACAGUGAAGAGUCUGUCCCAGCCAUACAAGGGGCAAAGGUGUUCAAGAGUUCUGACGGGAAGAUCUCUCUGUAUCAGUGUGACCUCUACAAGUUUUCCAGCGAUGUUGUAGGGCAGUUUGGGGGUAUCUGGGACAGAGGCUCCCUGGUGGCCAUUAACCACUGUGACAGAGAGAAAUAUGCUGCUCUCAUCCUAUCCCUAAUGGACAAGAACUGCCGGUAUCUCGUGGACACAUUGUUGUAUAACCCAGAAUUAUACACAGGUCCUCCAUUUUUAGUUACUGAUGAGGAUGUUAAAAAUCUCUUUGGUAAAACCUGUGAUAUUGCAUUCCUGCAAUCAGAUGAUGCUUUUACGGAUCGCCACAAGGAGUGGGGUCUGGACUACCUCACAGAGAAAGUGCAUCUGCUGACUCCGAAGGCUAAUUAGGAGACUGGAGACCGAGUUGAUUUGAAGAAUGGUUAUAGGAAAUGCUGCUAAAAUUAGUGAUCCUUUUAUCAGAGUUGUGUCACACAUGUGACAUAAUCUGUGAUCUUUUUUGAUUGAUUUUUACUCAAUUUCAUUCAUUGAUUUUGCCAAUAAACAAAGCAUUUUUAUGGA